GAGGGGAGGAAGCCACGCUAGGACUCGGCUCGCUUAGGGCUGUGAGAGAACAGCUGCAGCCAUGGGUGGUGGGGCAGCUUUCUCAGUUGCCUCCCUCUGUGACUGGGGCACAAGCCGCUUGCGGGAACGAUGCCCCGCCCAUCAUUGUGUUUGCGUCAGAGGGCGGGGCAAGGGCCGGAAGGGCCUCGGGAAGCGAUACCAGAAGUGGAACCGGAACUCGGCAAGGGGACCCAGGCUGCCCAGCGGCACCGUGGCUCACUUCAGAACCACUCCAGUUAACAGGGUGUCCUGCCUGAAGACGGCUCGCAGGGCUCAGCUUAGUGGGGAGCAUAUGCCAGCAUAGUGGGGCUAUUAGAAGGGACGGUUAAUACAGUCUGCAAGCUGUGAUUUAUGAGACCUCCCGGACAUAUUGCCUACCCUAAGCACCAGGCUGGACACACUGGGAAACAAGCUGGCCACAUGGGCUCCCAGGCCUUCUACCCAGGACGUCAGCAUGGCUACCUAGUCUCACCAGCUCGCGCAGCUGGCAUUCCUGUUCAAAAUCAGCCAGGUAGACCUGCAGGGGUACCAUGGAUGCCAGCACCACCACCACUAUUAAACAGUCCACCCGGAUUGGAAUACUUAAGUCAGAUAGAUACGAUACUGAUUCAUCAGCAAAUUGAACCUGUGGAAGUCCUACUCCGUUUUGAAAGUAAUAAUAAGUAUGAAAUCAAGAACAGCUUUGGGCAGAGGAUUUAUUUUGCAGCAGAAGAUAGUCAUUUCUGUAGCCGAAAUUGCUGUGGGCCAUCUAGAUCUUUCACCUUGAGGAUUACUGAUAAUCUGUGUCGAGAAGUCAUAACUCUGGAAAGACCGCUAAGAUGUAACAGUUGUUGUUGCCCCUGCUGCCUUCAGGAGAUAGAAAUCCAAGCUCCUCCUGGUGUACCAAUAGGUUAUGUUACUCAGAACUGGUACCCAUAUCUAAAAAAGUUUACAAUUCAAAAUCAGAAAGGAGAGGAUGUACUAAAAAUGAGUGGUCCAUGUAUUAUGUGCAGCUGUUGUGGUGGAGAUGUUGAUUUUGAGAUUACAUCUCUUGAUGAACAAAUUGUGGUUGGCAGGAUUUCUAAGCACUGGACUGGGAUUUUAAGAGAGGCAUUUACAGAUACUGACAACUUUGGAAUCCAUUUCCCCAGAGACCUUGAUGUUAAAAUGAAAGCCGUACUGAUUGGUGCCUGUUUCCUCAUUGACUACAUGUUUUUUGAAAGAACUAGGAAUUGAUUGUCAGAGUGUCAGAGUGGAUUAAUGAUUCUGGAUCUUUGGCUACACAAACUAUAACUGAUCUAUAUGGUUUCUUCCUUCUUCUACUGUGCAAGAAAGAUGUCAGGAAAAAUUCACACACUAUCUGUGGAACUCAUUUAAAUUCAAAUACUAGAUAAAUGGUUUUUUUUUUGCUUUGAAUAGUCACAUAGAAAAAUCAUCAAACAUCAACAAUUAUCAAUUUAAUUAAUAAAAUACUAGGAAUU